AUGAUCUACUUUAUUCUACUUUCAUGGUGGAUUUUGCAUCAUAUCUAUGUUUACUGGAGUGCAUCCCCCCCAAAAAAUCACAUCCCAAGAGGGGUUUUGAGAGCCGGGGGCGAGGCCUAUCGCCUCUAUUGCUUCAACACCGGAACCUGGCCGGUUGAGGUCUACUUUGUGGACGAUCCCACUAAGAAGCACCUGCCAUCCUUGCUCCCAGAGCUAGCAGUGCACACGUCCUUCUUCGUGCCGCUGUCCUUUGGUUCAGGUGACGCUGGUAGUGGCAAUGCGACCUUUCAACACCUGUGCAUUGAUGAUCUCUACAGUGGUCACCUGAAUGCGCUGACGCCUCAACACUUUGAAUGGAACUGGUCAGUGCAGGGCCCCAACAAGGACGGGACGUUCCGGGACGGUUGGUGCAGGUGA